AGCAACAUGACCAAGAUAUUCUCCAGCAGUUUGCGAUGCCGGCUGCCAGUACUGGUGGCGAUCUUUGAAGUUGUCCUCCUGGUGUUAUAUGCCGUGUUUGUGACUUAUGAUGACAGCACAAACGCUGCUCAUCAAACCAACCAGACGGAUCCUCUCCAGAACUCCGUGUACCACGUGUAUCCUUUCUUUGUGGAUGUGCAGGUCAUGAUUUUCAUAGGAUUCGGCUGCCUGCUUGCCUUCAUGAAGCGAUAUGGCUUCGGAGGUAUGGUCUUUAAUUUCCUGACGGCCACGUUCGCCAUCCAGUGGGCCAUCGUCGUGCAAGGUUUCUUCCAAUUCUAUCACGAUGGAAAGAUCCACGUGGGUGUCUUCAACCUUCUCAAUGCGGAAUUUGCAUGCGCCGUGGUUCUCAUUUCAUUUGGGGCCAUCCUGGGUCGUACGAGUCCCAUCCAGCUCCUGGUCAUGGCUCUUCUAGAAGUUCCAAUAUUUGCAGUCACAGAAUGGGCCAUCCUGAAAUACCUGAAGAUCAAUGAUGCUGGUGGCACCAUCAUGAUCCAUAUCUUCGCUUGCUACUUUGGGCUUGGGGUGAGCGCCGUCCUUUACCGACCAUGUCUAAAUGAAGGCCAUUCCAAAGAAGGCACCACAUAUCAAUCUGAUAUCUUGUCGGUCAUGGGGACUCUCUUUCUGUGGGUCUUCUGGCCCUCCUUUAACUCUUCCUUGACCUUACCUGGAGAUGACCAACACAGAGCCAUCAUCCACACCUUCAUAGGACUCAGCUCUUCUACCCUGACAGCCUUCGCUCUUUCUGCACUGCUGAACAGAAAGGGCAAGCUAACCAUGGCAGAUAUCCAGAAUGUUACCCUAGCUGGUGGCGUCACAGUUGGAGCUUCUGUAGAUAUGAUGAUCAGUCCAGUAGGAGCUUUUGCAUUAGGGAUGAUUGGAUGUACAGCAUGCAUGCUGGGCUACAAAUAUCUGACACCCUUUAUGGCCAAGAAGUUAAGAAUCCAGGAUCAAUGCGGUAUCCACAAUCUGCAUGGCUUGACUGGGUUAAUUUCUACCACGGCUGGCAUUAUCUGCAUCCUUAUUGCAAGCGAAGAUACUUACGGACCAAGUCUAUACCAGACAUUCGCUCACCGGGCGCCAGUGGAAGGGGAUCCCAGACUGAAGGAGCUGCAGGAGCUCAUUCCUGGUUUGAACCCUGGGGAAGGUCGCAGUGCGUCGGAGCAGGCCCUUUAUCAAGUCGCAGCACUUGGGGUCUCGAUUGGAGUGUCCAUUGUGGGGGGGCUUCUGACCGGCCUGGUCCUGAGCUUGCCUGUCCUUGCCCAGCCGCCCGAUGAGUUCUGCUUUGAUGACACUCUUUACUUUGAGGUGCCAGAGGAGUUCGAUAACAACAUGCUGCCGACAAGGAAUCGUGACAUGGUGGCGAUCAAAGACUGACGUGGAGACUUUAGGGGAGACAGCUGUAUGACGAAGGUGUUAUUUUAGUUUUUCUUACUUGUAAUAAGUAACUUAGAAAUGACGGUGUUGAUUUGAUAAACUUGUACCCCAUCGGGAUACAGCGUGGAUUUUUUAUAGCAUUUUAUAGCACUGGGGAAGCCACCCUGGAUAACAUCAACCAGCUAUCCUGUUUUCCCUAAAAAUAAGUGCGUGAUGCAAUCCAGGUGGAUUCCCUGGUGCUGUAAAAUGCUCUAAUGAAACCCCACUGUGGCUUAUUGUGUAUACAGGUAUGUGUUUAUCAUAUUUAAGUAUGGGUUUGUACCUUCAAGAUUGAUGUCUUGGUAUAAUGGUUAGAACUCUUUUGCACUUUGAAUAUUUUAAAAUCUUUAAUACUCCCUUUUAUUAGUAUUAUUGAUACUUUAAAGGAGUUGUAAUCAAUAAAUCUAUUUACUAUAUUAGCAUAAUUAAUAUUACAUUAGUUCUAUCAAAUAUUUUUGAAUCGAUAUUAAGAAAUGUAAAAAGAAACUUCAUGAAUUCAAUGACAAACAUCUAUUUUAGUAUUUCUAAAUGUAGCACUAUCAACUGUUUCAUAGUUAAGGAUGACUUACCUUUUAUUUGCAUUAUUAAUCGGAGUUCUAAACAAUAUUUUAAAAUGUAUUUUAUUGCCUAUUGGCAUUAUUGAUAUGCCGCACUGAGAAUCAUUCUGUUCUUAAAAGUAUUAUUGGGAUAUGCAGAUAUUUAAAAACACAGCUAGAGUAAGAUUACAAGGAUGUUGCAAAUUCAAUUUCAGUAAUAAACUUAAAAAAGGAAAAAAAAAUAAGGAUGGCAAGUUUCACCAUAUUUUGACUGGUACUUUGCACCAAGUGUCAUCAAAACUUUAUUAUACCAAGUUUAUUGCUUUCAUAGAAUUGAAUGACCCACACUCUGACUACCUUUGCUCCCUGAAAUCGUAAUAUCAUAUACAAAGGUUGAUUUACUAAAGUGUAGUAGGAUCUUCACUCAGGCACCGCUUCAGUUGUUUUUAGCUUAGUUGUUUAAACAGUGUUGCUGCAUUUUAAAUUAAGACUACAGAUUGUCCUUGCAGCCUUUUCAAACCCAUUAGAAACUCUAAAUGAAUACUUUAAAAGAGCCAUAUUGUGGACGUCAAUGAGCCAUAAAUGGGGCAAGAGCGAUCUCUUAGACCAUAACAGCAGAAGCAGCUGAAGUCAUAUCAUGUUAAAAAUGAGGAUAAUACUGUGGGCAGUUACAAGUUACUUUUAAAAAGUAAUCCAUUACAGUUACAAGUUACUAGAACAAAAUUGUAACUAGCUACAGUUACAAAUAGUUACUUCUCAGGCACAGUUUACAUUGUACAGAGAUAUAUUUAUUUGGUGUGGACAGGCUGCAGCUUGAAUUUUCUAGCUGUUGAUCCAGCGCUUGAACCCCCUUGUUUCCUCUUCUGACUGCAUUGUCUAGCAAGAUGAUAUAAAAGGGUGAUCCUGUAGGUUUGACUUGCACUGCUGAAACACUUUCUGCUUCUCAUGUUAUGCAUUAGCCAUAGUCCCUUGUGUAUGUAACUAAAGUAACUAUGAACCACUACAGUUACAGUUACAAAUUCCUGCAUAAUGUAAUUGGAUUACAGUAAUGGAUUGCCUGCACUGCAUUACUCCCCAACACCGAUUGUGUAUUACAAAGGGUCUUGUGAGUUACAAUGCAAUUGACACCUGCCUGUCAGAUUAGUUUGGAAUCGUCCUGAUUUAGAGAUUGAUCAUGUGAUGUGACAUGUGAUCCCUGCAGCAUAUACAUGUUGAAUUACAUAUCGCUUUGCAGUUUUCCGUAUACUUAACGAAAAACUGACAAAAAUUCAAAAAUGUGACAUUUACAAACCUAACAUGAAAUCCUCUAUUACUAUUAUGGCUUCCAGUAGACUUUUGCGAUUUCAUUUUGUAGUUUCAUUGUUUACAUGAUGUUAAAUAAAAGAUCUAAAUUUUA